AUGAAGAGGCCAAGAGGGGCCUUCGGCUGGGUGUGGGGGGUAUAUCCUUACAGCAUGAACAUUAUUAUUCAUAUUUGCUUUGGACCAGGCAAAACCGAUGCGUCACUACUACUGGCCAUUCCUUUUUCCUCUCUCUGUAGUAAGCUGAAUAUUACCUGGCCGACCGGGUCCUUCCUCUUUCGGCGAUCCUCGUCUUCCUCCUCGCCUUCCUCAUCCUCCAGACUCGUCUAUCCCGGAUCGUCACCGCCGAGCCCCGCCGUGUCGCUGCUACUAAAAACUUCCUCAGACUCUGACCCAAGACCUCAAACAAACCACCGUGUGCACCAGGAUGGAUCCAACACAAGAAUGGGCCGGCUAGCCUUGACACUGCCGGGUUCAAUCCGCGGCACUAGUGGGUUUGAGGAUGCCCAGCCUGCUAAAGAGGCUGACGAAUUACUCCAGAUCGCUCCUUCGAUGCCGGAGUGAGAUCGCAGUCGGUCGCCUAAGAGUCUUGGAUGCAGUCACAAUUCGUCACUUCGUCUACAGCCAAAAGGAUGGGCAUCCUUCACGGAUCUUCCGCCCGUCUCAUCCUUAUGACCCAGCCAUUAUAGGUGCCCACGAUGGCAUCAAUUGGAGUCAACCUUCUGGAAGAUGUAAUCAUUACCUAAGUAGGCUAAGCACUUAGACCUCAACUUAUAUGACAGGGUCUUAAUCUAUUCACUUGUGCACCCCAUAUUUGUGCGAGCGCAA